AUGGACUCAAUAUUGGACAUAGAGGAUGCUUGUUAUUGGGUCGCUGUUGGAUGCCGUGACCUGAUGAGAGCUGACUGGAAUUGCUCAGUUAGGCACAUCUUUCGUGAACAGAACUGUGCUGCGAAUGCCUUGGCUGCUAAGAGUUUUGAGUUUGAUCCUGGUCUGCAGAUUUUUGACAAGGUGCCACCCUUCCUUGUGGAUAUUCUCGCUGCUGAUGCCUGUGGUGUUUCCAGGCCCCGUUUCUUUAGUGCUUAG